AUGAAGACAUCUCUCAGUCUUGUCGAAUAUAUAGUCCAGAAGAAGCGCAUUCAUACUGAAAUGAUGUGGCCGAGAAGACCAAAAUGCUCCAACGACUCUACCGCCGUACUUGUAUUUGUUUUAGUCAUAUUUUUUGUGUACACCCUGAUGACUUACAAUGAGGCUCAGAAAGAAAACUUCAAGGACUUGGAAGGUAUUGAAAUGUCUGAGGGAAGAAUGAACAAUGCCACGUUGAAACUGCUUGAGGGGAUCGAUGUUACAGAAGCUGUAACUACAGUAACCCCAGAAGUGAAAGCUUAUCUGAAAAUUGCCAUAGUCAUUGUGAUUACAGACGAUACUGAUCCGGAGAACUAUAGAGUUGCUCUAGAUUCCAUGGAGUGCUACUGUAAGAUUCACAACUACGAUUUUGUACUCGCUUUGGACACCGGAUACAAUUGCACACAUACUGAUAAAUUCUUCCGUCGCCACUGUGUGGUGGCGAAAAUCCUGUCCGACUAUGACGCCAUUCUGUACUUGGACGCCGACGUUGGAGUUGUGAAUCCGGAGCGGAAAAUUGAAGAGUUCCUGGAAGAUGGGAUAGAUAUCACAUUUGUUAAUCGAUUUUAUAACUGGGAAAUUGCGGCAGGGUAUUAUCUCGCAAGAAAUACAGAAUAUGCAGUCGGCUUGUUAAAUGAUUUCGCCGACUACGAGUUCAAACUCCCCGAAGGAUCCAUCGGAACCGACAACGUCGCUCUCCAUCUGUUUCUUUCCGAGAAGCUUUUACCAAACUCGACGCUUGAAGUGGAUCUCUGCAGAAAAGUGUUCAACGCGUCCCAAAACUUUGCAGACCUUUUCUCUUUCGAGGCGUGCAUCAAGACUUAUUUCGGAGUUGCUACCCAUUUUGGCAAAGUAAGAAUUAUGAAGAAGGGAACCGGCUGGGCUCGAGAUGGAUGGCUAACUUCUAUGGUGUGGCAUCCUGAGCUGGACUUCAUGCUUCAUGGAUGGAAGACUAAUGAGCUGGUGGAGACGCCGAAGGAAAUUGUUGGUGCUUAUCAAAUGAUUCGAAAUCAAUGGUACAACCCUAUGAACGGCACAAUUAUCCUCGCCAAAUGCAAUCCCGAGAACACAACUUGGAAUAUGGACUCAAGAUUUAUGGGUGAAAAAGAGGUCAUUCUAGCCAGCCUUCGUGCAUUCGAACGAGAUGUUGCUCGGGAACAAGUGAGAUCUGGCUCUAGGAUAGAUAUGCUAAUUUCACAGCCCGAUAAACCGAAAAGGGAAUCUCCGAACACUAGGGAUGCGGAUGGACGGCUGAAGAAGUACUUUUUCUGGUAG